AUCCUCAUCCACAGCUUCACCUCCUGCAUUCUUUCAAUAUAUUCCCUUUUUCUUCAUUCAACUGAUCUCAUCACUUCACCAAACAAUCACCUCAGUGAUCACCAUGAGGACCAAGGCCAUCCUAGUUCAGAAGUUAUUCAUGUUAAUCCUUUGGAUUUCUGCGUCUUCUGUUGGCAAUCAAACAUACCACAACAAUACCCCCACUCUCUCCUCAAACAACAAGACUCCAGAUUCAUCUAAUGAGAGUCAGUCAACCACGCCAACAGGUGGAACGGACCUGAAACAGAAUUACAACAUUACUACAACAUUUUUAGCAUUGACGAGAACAUCACAUUUAACAAAAACCAACCAACCUGACCAUUAUUCCUCUGUAUCGCCAACCACAAACACAACCACAAACACAACCACUACCACCCAUACCGGCAUUGGAACAAAAGUAACCCUUUUUCUGAUUCUGUUGGCCAUCCUGCUGUUGACGCUGUUUUUGGGAUUCCUCCACCACAUGAGAAACCGGCAGUUAGAUCAGGGCAGAUCCGGCCCCAGGUUCAUACUGCAUGUGAGAGAGAGGCUGAGGGCUGCAACUGGUAACCUGGAGAACUGCAUGGGGUGUUGCUUCUGGCCAGUGGGUAAGAGAGGAGGAGAAGAUGAGGAGGAGGAGGCCGAAGGAAGAGAGGAAGAACAAGAAGAUGACCUGAAGGAAAGCGCACUGAACAGACAAGAAGAAGAAGAAGAGAGAAAACAGAGAGAGGAUGAGGACAAUGAGGAAACAAGUAGUGUGAGUGAGGGAAGCCAAAGUCCUGUGGAUGAAGAAAGCAGUGGUGUUAACAAAGGAGGCUCAGAAGAGAUACCACUUAUAAACUCUCCACAGGAGAAUGAAGAAAAGGCCAAUUUGUGUGAUGUUACCAUCCUGUAGUGACAGAGCAUAAAUGCAAGGAUGAGGAAAAGAUGCCAGGAUUAUAAAUGAUCAGGGAUCAAAUUUAAAAUAAAGAUAACUUUAAAUAUGUGGUUUUACUAAAGAUUAAAGCUCUUGAAUG